AUGCCACACCUCGACGCUUUCCUCAGCCGUCACAUUCGCCCGGACCACCCACUCCGUCACCACCCACUCUGGUUAAGCGAGCGUGACUUGUUGACCAUCCCUAACGUGCGCUUUGACUACACAAGCUUGCAGAAGAGCGGAAAAAAGGGUGCUGCUGUGGGUCCGGAUUCGGUGAUUGCACAGGUCCCCAACACGUCUUUUCUCUUCAACAUGGAUCAGCUUCUCCCGGAGAGCGAGGUUCGCUGGCAACUUCCCGUCGCCGCCACCCCAAUGUCAGUCUCGUCAAUGCAGCCGUACAAGCAACAGAUGCAGAGCAUGUUGGAGUGUGCACGGAGGGCGAGGGGUUUCGAGUCAAACUGGUGGGGCACGCGCCGGAGAUGGCUCCUGCGAGGGGGACAAGUUGCCCCGCAGGAGCAGGCCUUUCCUCUGCGUGGUUUUUUUAUUACACGGCUCUUGCACAUCUCACUCCUUGCGAAUGCAGAGGACAUACUGAGGCACUCCUUUAUAUCGGGAAAGACGGGUUUAUUGCUCUCGUGGUGGAACAUGGACACGGUGCCGGGAUUGGACAGGGAUUUUCGGCGUCUGGUGGAGGCGCACUUCCUCAAGCAUGGGUUUCAAACGCCGCUAUACUUCUCGAAAGCAGGACUUCGGCGUGCAGGCAUUGCUGUCAGACCGGACGCAGACCCUCUUGAUUUUUAUGAGGUCAAUUUAAGGGAAAACAAUGAACGUGCUAGCAGUACAUCAGCGAUCGCACAAAGCAUGAAUACGUACCAGCAGUACUAUCAUCUUUCACAGUUAAUCCUUCCAGAGAAUUAUAGAAUCUCACCAGCGGUGCUCGAGGCGGAACAGUUGAAUCCUGGCUUGCCCAUUCACGGCAUCACGGGCAAGUUGCUCGAACUGCCGGAGCUGCAGUACGAAGCAAUGCGGAACUCCACGUCGCCGGAGUUGGCUUCACUCAUUGCCCGCGACAGCGAGUCCGGCAUGAUGUGCUCCGCUGCAGACUUGCAGUCACCCAGCACCGUUCGGGGGCGGAGCUUGUGGUACUUACCCCACGACGUGCUGGAGGUGGGUGGCCUUGUUGACGUCAACGCGGUGCCGGUGGAGGUGAGUGUGCCCAAUACGUCGUCAAACGGAGGGAAGUGUCUCUACAACGUGGAGCAGCUCCUUCUCCCGUUAGAGGGCUACAAAGUCGUUGGAUGCAUCGCGUGUGUGAAGAGUGCAUUUCCAGAAGCAGAGCCGCAGCCUCCGCGUGGAGGCACGGAUGCUGAUGCUGAUGCCGAUGUCGAUGCCGAUGCCCAGGAGGAUGCAGAUGAUCAUGUGUUUGCCCUCUGA